AUGAAGACAGGCUCUCAAAUCCGCCUGUUACUAUGGAAGAACUGGACUCUUCGUAAAAGACAGAAGAUCCGCUUCCUGGUGGAGAUCUUCUGGCCGGUGUUGUUAUUCAUCGGUCUGGUGUGGCUGAGAAAGGCCAAUCCUCUGUACCAACAACAUGAAUGUCACUUCCCCAACAAGGCCAUGCCCUCUGCAGGGAUUCUCCCUUGGAUCCAGGGUGUCUUUUGCAAUGCAAACAACCCCUGCUUCCGAUAUCCAACCCCAGGAGAGUCACCCGGUGUUGUCUCCAACUAUAACAACUCAGUACUGGCACGGUUUUAUAUGGAUGCCCAGGAGCUUCUGCUCAAUGAGACGGAGGUCCAGCAGCUUAGCCGGCUUUGGCGUGAAAUGACAUCUUUCUCAACCUUUAUGGAUACUUUACGCAACAACCCUUCUGCAGUCUCAGGCCGUGGGCUGAAGGUAGACGAUAUUCUUAAGGAUGAUGAGGUUUUCACGGCCUUCUUGUUAAGAGAUGCCGGCCUUUCCGAUUCUGUCGUUUACCAGCUCGUCAAUGCAAGGAUACGACUGGAGCAGUUCGCAUUUGGUAUCCCGGACCUGCAGCUAAAAGACAUAGCAUGCAGCCAGGCCCUGCUGGAACGCUUCAUCAUCUUCCCCAGUCGUAUGGGACUCCACGGCGUCCGCAACGCCAUGUGUGCCCUCAGCCAGCAGAGGCUGCAGAGGGUAGAGGAUGUUCUCUAUGCAAAUCUGGACUUUUUCAAGAUCUUCCAACUGAUGCCUCAGGUUCUGGACAGCAGAUCCCAGGGGAUUGACCUGCAUUUCUGGGGUCGAGUUCUAAAGGCUACAUCGGAGAAGAUCCAAAGUCUGAUGGAGCGGGAGAGUUCUCAAGAACUCCUGAAGGCAGUUUCCUCUCUGUUCCAAGCUGGAGGUCCCUCCUCCUUUACUGAGUUGAUGUCCAGUGUGUCAAGCCUCUUCUGUGGAUAUCCAGAGGGAGGGGGAUCCAGGGUCCUGUCCUUCAACUGGUAUGAAGACAACAACUAUAAGGUGUUUCUGGGGGUCAAUGGCAGCAAGAGUCGUAACUAUGUCUACGAUGACACUGCUACUCCCUUCUGCAACGCUCUGAUGCAAACCCUGGAGUCCAACCCUGUCACAAAAAUUGUGUGGAAUUCAGUCAAGCCCCUGCUGAUGGGAAAGAUUCUGUACACUCCCGACUCCCCUGCCGUCCGCAAGAUAUUAAAGAGUGCUAACACUACCUUUGAGGAACUAGAGAGACUCCAGAACAUGGCCAAGGCCUGGGAGGAGGUGGGGCCUCAGCUCUGGGCUUUUUUCCACAACAGCGUCCAGAUGAACAUGAUAAGGGACACCCUGAGGAACCCGACAGUGAUGCACUUCAUGGACAACAGUCUGGUGGAAACAGACUUUACAACCAGAGAUAUUCUUAACUUUCUGCACAGUGGGCCGGAGGAGGAGAGGGAGGCAGGAAUGCAAAACUUUGACUGGAGAAACAUUUUUAACACCACUGACCAGAUUGUACGCAUGCUCAACCAGUAUGGUGAGUGUAUUAGUCUGGAUAAGUUUGUGGCCUACACGGAUGAGUCCCAGAUGAUCCAUCAGGCCUUGUAUUUGCUGAAGGACAAUAAGUUUUGGGCUGGUGUGGUCUUCAUGGACAUGUAUCCCUGGACUGUUAGUGUUCCCCCGCACGUCAAGUACAAGAUCCGCAUGGACAUUGAUGCAGUGGAGCGCACCAACAAGAUCAAAGACAGGUACUGGGAUCCUGGGCCCAGAGCAGAUCCCAUGGAGGACCAGAAGUACAUCUGGGGAGGUUUUGCUUACCUGCAAGACAUGAUUGAACAUGGGAUCAUCAAGCUUCACACAGGGAAUGACUGGCCACUUGGAGUCUAUGUCCAGCAGAUGCCAUAUCCUUGUUAUGUUGAUGACCUCUUUAUGAUCACCCUCAACCGCUGUUUCCCGAUGUUCAUGGUUCUGGCCUGGAUCUACUCUGUGUCUAUGACUGUGAAGAGCAUUGUGCUGGAAAAGGAGCUACGCCUCAAAGAGACCCUCAAAGCCAUGGGGGUUAACAACGGAGUCAUUUGGUACACAUGGUUCAUCGACAGCUUCAUUAUGAUGACUGCCAGUACGGCCCUGCUGACCACCAUCAUCAUGGGUGGGAAGGUGCUGAAUUACAGCAACCCGAUGCUCGUCUUCUUCUUCCUGCUGACUUUCACUGUGGCCACCAUCAUGCAAUGUUUCUUGAUGAGCGUGUUCUUCAACAAGGCCAAUCUAGCAGCUGCUUGCAGUGGUAUCAUCUACUUCACCCUCUACCUGCCUCACAUCCUCUGUUUUGCCUGGCAGGAUCGCAUCACUACAAGCAUGAAACUUGCUGUGAGCUUGUUGUCUCCUGUUGCUUUUGGUUUUGGAACCGAGUACCUGUCGCGGUAUGAGGAACAGGGUUUGGGUCUGCAGUGGAACAACAUCCAGACCAGCCCGUUAGAGAAGGACACAUACUCCUUCCUUACCUCCAUUCUCAUGAUGAUAUUUGAUGCUGUCCUCUACGCCUUCCUUGCUUGGUAUCUGGACAAUGUGUUCCCAGGACAGUAUGGGAUUGGUCGGCCAUUCUACUUCCCACUCCAGCCCUCAUACUGGCGAAGUUCGACACCCUCACACACAGAGAUGACAAAUCAUGCUCCUGAGAAACCUGAACCAGAGAAUCAAGAGAAGGAUAUUGAGAGCAGAGGCACGCCAGAGACUUACACCUGUAACGGCUCAGCCAGCAAGAAAAUAUGCAAGCACCAAAGUAAGAGAGAACGGCUGGAAAGAGAAAGAGAGCUUCUGAAACAACCAGAAGAAGCUCAAAACCAGGAAGAGGAGCAUCAGGACUGUGGGAAUGAAGGCCAGUUGUUCUUUGAGCCCGACCCUGUGGACCUGGUUUUGGGGGUGCAGAUUCAGGAUCUGGUGAAGGUGUUUGAUGGAAGCUCCCGUCCAGCUGUCAACUGCCUCAACAUCAAUUUCUAUGAAGGACAGAUUACAUCUUUCUUAGGACACAAUGGGGCAGGAAAAACUACAACAAUGUCCAUCCUGACGGGUCUCUAUCCUCCUACAUCUGGCACAGCCUACAUCAAUGGAAGAGACAUUAGAACUGACAUAGACAUCAUUCGGACUUCUAUGGGGAUGUGUCCUCAAUACAACAUCCUCUUCAAUCAUCUAACAGUGGAGGAGCACAUCCUGUUCUACUCACUGCUGAAGGGUCGAACUCGAGAGGAGGCAAGGAGGGAGGUGGAGGACAUGCUGGUGGACCUUGGACUGCCUCACAAGAGAGACGAUGAGGCUCAGAACCUCUCAGGCGGUAUGCAGAGGAAGCUAUCAGUUGCCAUGGCAUUUGUUGGAGGGUCGAAAGUAGUGAUUCUGGAUGAGCCAACCUCAGGAGUGGACCCCUAUUCCAGAAGAUCCAUUUGGGACCUCCUUCUUAAGUACAGAACUGGCCGUACUGUAAUUCUGUCCACUCAUCACAUGGACGAGGCCGACCUGCUGAGCGACCGCAUCGCCAUCAUCUCCAAAGGACAGCAAUACUGCUGCGGGUCCCCCCUUUUCCUCAAAAACUGCUUCGGAGUUGGUUUCUAUCUUACGCUUGUGCGCCGCAUGAAGGAUCUAAAGAAACGAGAGAAUGAAUGCGACUGUGCCUCAGACUGUUCCUGUGCCUGCUCCAUCUGCACCAGAUACAAAGAUCAAUCUCAGAAUCAGUUCCAGCAGCUGGACAGAGUUCUGGAUGGGGAUAUAGACAGCAUCACGAGUCUUAUCCAUCACCACGUCCCUGAGGCCAAGCUGAUUGAGACCAUUGGACAGGAGUUGACCUAUCUGCUCCCCAAUAAAGGGUUCAAACACAGAGCCUAUGCUAGCCUGUUCAGGGAGCUGGAGGAGACACUUGCUGAUAUGGGGCUGAGCAGCUUUGGCAUCUCUGAUACAUCACUAGAGGAGAUAUUCAUAAAGGUCACUGCAGAUGGAGAAGCAGCGAAUAACUCCGCCACUGCUGAAGAGUGGAUGAUACAGGGAAGAAAAAAUGGCAGAGUUGGUGUAGGAGGAAGUGAAGAACAUAACGGUAUAGACGGCACACACCAUGCAUCUGACAGCAGUGCAGGAAAAGGCUCCAGGCAGGUGAAAGGUUGCACUCUGGUCCUGAAGCAGUUCCAUGCUCUGCUGGUGAAGAGAUUCCACCACGCCAUGAGAAGCCAGAAAGACUUCCUGGCACAGAUUGUUCUUCCCGCCACGUUUGUCCUCAUAUCUCUGAUCUUCACCAUGAUUGUCCCUCCAUUUGGAGAAUAUCCCAGUCUGACCCUGAGCCCCUGGAUGUAUGGACACCAAUUCACCUUCAUCAGCAAUGAGCGGCCAUUUGACCCCAAAAUGAAACACUUUACAGACAGAUUCUUAACCCGACCGGGUCUUGGCACACGUUGCAUGCAGGGAGAACCACUAGGGAUGCCCUGCAGUAACAGCACGCCAGCAUGGGAGCAGCCUGACACCUCCGCUGUGGUCAUGAACAUCUUGCAGAGUCCUGAAUGGAAUCAGCAAAACCCAUCACCUUCUUGCCAGUGCAGCUCCAGUAAGAAGCUGACCAUGAUGCCCAUCUGUCCCAUCGGAGCUGGAGGCCUUCCCCCUCGCCAACGAUUAGAGGUCACAGGAGACACCAUGCUGGAUCUGACAGACAGGAACAUCUCUGACUACCUGGUCAAAACUUACCCCACUCUCAUCAGAGCCAGUUUGAAGAGCAAAUACUGGGUGAAUGAACAAAGAUAUGGGGGCCUGUCAGUUGGAGGGCAGCUUCCCAUCCUGGACGUAAACCCGACAGACAUCCAGAAUGUUUUCCAUCACCUGGGACGAAUGCUCAACAUAACUGGGGGUGACUAUUGCAGACUUGCACUGAGGGACUUUGGGACUUUCUUACGAUACAUGGAGAGUGAAUUUAAUGUAAAGGUAUGGUAUAAUAACAAAGGCUGGCAUGCCAUGGUCGCCUUCAUGAAUGUGGCCAAUAAUGCCAUUCUGCGAGCUUUCCUUCCCCCAUCUGCCAAACCCGUUGAGUUUGGCAUCACCGCCAUCAACCACCCUCUGAACCUCACCAAAGAGCAGCUUUCCGAAGUCACUGUGCUGACCACAUCUGUGGAUGCUGUAGUGGCAAUCUGUGUCAUCUUUGCCAUGUCCUUCAUCCCUGCCAGCUUUGUCCUCUACCUCAUUCAGGAGCGAGUAACCAAAGCCAAACACCUACAGUUUGUCAGUGGGGUCAGUCCGUUAGUUUACUGGGUGACCAACUUCUUCUGGGACAUGUUGAACUACUCCAUCAGCACUGCAAUGGUGGUUGGCAUUUUCAUGGCUUUUGACAAAAAGUGCUACACAUCAGAAACCAAUCUGCCAGCACUGAUAGGGCUGCUUCUAUUAUAUGGGUGGUCAGUGACACCGAUGAUGUAUCCCAUGUCCUACAUAUUCAGCAUCCCCAGCACUGCAUACGUGUCUCUGUCCUGCAUCAACCUGUUUAUUGGCAUCAACAGCAGCGCUAUCACCUUCAUCCUGGAGCUUUUUGAAAACAACCGGUCUUUACUGAUGUUUAAUGAGUGGCUAAAGAAAGGCCUGCUGGUGUUCCCUCACUUCUGCCUGGGACGAGGACUGAUAGACAUGGCCAUGAAUCAGGCUGUAACUGAUGUUUAUGCUAGGUUUGGUGAAGAGUACACCAUGGAUCCUUUCCGGUGGGACUUUGUUGGAAAAAACAUGGCUUUUAUGACAGUGGAAGGCUUUGUGUACUUUAUCUUCAAUCUUCUGAUCCAGUACCGGUUCUUCUUGGACCACUGGUUAUCAGAUCAUAAACCGACUCCAGUACAAGAUGAGGACGAUGAUGUGGCAGCAGAGAGGGAGAGGAUUUAUGAUGGAGGGAGCAAGACAGACAUCCUGCAUAUCCGUGAUCUGUCCAAGACGUAUGUGGGCAGAAAGAGGGCAGCUGUGGACCGGAUUUGUGUGGGAGUCCCUGCAGGAGAGUGUUUUGGUCUCUUGGGAGUUAACGGGGCUGGAAAGACGACAACCUUCAAAAUGCUGACCGGUGACACUGAUGCCUCUUCUGGAGAGGCUACUGUGGCUGGUUACAGCAUCCUGACAGAGAUCCUCGACGUUCACCAGAACAUGGGAUACUGCCCCCAGUUUGAUGCCAUCGAUGAGCUUCUUACUGGCAGGGAGCAUCUCUACCUUUACGCUCGUCUCAGAGGGGUACCUGAGUCAGAGAUCCCCAGAGUGGCAGAGUGGGGCAUCCAGAAACUGGGCCUGACAGAAUACGCUGGCUGCUGUGCAGGAACUUACAGUGGAGGCAACAAGCGCAAACUCUCCACAGCUAUCGCCAUGAUUGGCUGCCCAGCACUAGUGCUGCUGGAUGAACCCACUACAGGGAUGGACCCCCACUCUCGGCGUUUCCUGUGGAAUGCCAUCAUGAGCGUCAUUCAAGACGGCAGGGCUGUGGUGCUAACAUCACACAGUAUGGAGGAGUGUGAGGCUUUGUGCACUCGACUGGCCAUCAUGGUCAAUGGGACCUUCAAGUGUCUGGGUACUAUCCAGCAUCUCAAAUACAAAUUUGGUGAUGGGUACGUAGUAACCAUGAAAAUCAAGGCAGCUAAAGCAGGCUUGUCCCCAGAGCUUGAGCCUGCAGAGAGCUUUAUGGAAAGCUCCUUCCCCGGCUGUGUUCAGAGGGAGAAGCACUACAACACGCUGCAGUAUGAGAUUGCCUCAUCCUCCCUAGCCAGGAUAUUUCAGCUGGUAGUUGCCAAUAAAGAGAGGCUCAGCAUAGAAGACUACUCUGUUUCCCAGACAACACUGGACCAGGUGUUCGUCAACUUUGCCAAGCAACAGACAGGAGAGGACGAGGACGUCACAUUAAACAAGAGAACGGUGUGUUCAAAAAAAGACAUCAAGGUAGCGCCAGUGAAGAGGAAAAAAUGAAGUCACCUGUAAACAUUUGAAGAAAUAUUACUCUGUUAGACAUAAAAAAAUAAGCAGCUAUUUUUAAUAUUUUACUAGCCAAGUUGCUUCUAAGAAAGCGAGGCUCUCACAUGAUGAUGAUUUUUACAGCUACAGCCAAACUUGACAAGCCUCCAGCUGCAGAUGGAGGUUAUUUUCAUAUAAUAUAAUAAAAACACAAGCUGACUGUACUUCCACUUCAGACAAUGUUACUCUGACCAGCAGAGACUGAUGUAAACACAGCAAGAUAUUUCUGCUUAGACUGACUGGGUUGUAUAAAUAUGUACAUAUUGUAUGUGAAAUGAAUACCUAAGCACUCUAGAGGCUGUAUAUUGUCUAUAUGUUUGUUUAUCUAUUUUUAUCUCAAUUAUUGCACACAUUUCAAAUUUAUCUUCUGUGUUUAAAUGAAACAUUUUAACACUGAGUUUCAGACUGAAUACAAACCAUGUUUACCACUACUUCUGUUCUUUUCAGUCACAUUAAAACA